GUCAUGGUUUUGACUCUCCUUAUCGUGAUUCCCCUGUUAGUCCAAACCUCUAAGACCGAUGCGCACUACGAGAUGAUGGGCACCUGUCGGAUGAUCUGUGACCCGUACAACCCCAAACCUAGCACCGCGGCUUUGGAGGUCAUGCAGGACCUGAGCGCCAUUCCAUCCCCCAGCUUUGUUCAAGGAGCUAAGGGCGAGCCAGGUCGGCCGGGGAAACCGGGGCCGAGGGGACCGCCUGGCGAACCGGGACCACCGGGUCCGAGGGGGCCACCAGGGGAUAGAGGAUAUUUUGGAAAGCUCGGGUAUUCCGGAGUAGUGGGCACAGCGCGGACUGAGACUGCCGGAGAAUUGGGCACAGCUAUCGGCGGGGCAAAGAUAGCGUUUUAUGUGGGACUGAAAAAUCCUCACGAGGGAUACGAAGUGCUGCGCUUCGACGACGUUGUCACGAACCUGGGGAACCACUAUGACCCGACGACCGGCAAGUUUACAUGCCAGGUGUCCGGGAUUUAUUACUUCACCUAUCAUGUGCUGAUGCGCGGAGGGGACGGGACGAGCAUGUGGGCAGACUUGUGUAAAAACGGGCAGGUCCGGGCCAGUGCUAUAGCGCAGGAUGCAGACCAGAACUACGACUAUGCCAGUAACAGCGUCGUCCUACAUCUUGAUUCCGGGGACGAGAUUUAUGUAAAGCUGGACGGCGGCAAAGCGCACGGUGGAAACAACAACAAAUACAGCACGUUUUCAGGUUUCCUUCUGUACCCGGACUAA